CAACAUUCAAUGUUGGUAAGAGAAUCCCUAGAGCGGUGUGUGCAAAAUUCCCGCCAUCUGUGUGUGUACUGAGUACUGAGUUGCCUGUUGUUUCUUACAUGUCUUUUGAGAUACUUUAUUUGAGUGUGCAAGUAAUGCCAUGAAGGGUGUGAUUGGUGACUAUUUUGGCCAAAGCCCCAUAGGAAAUGGAAAUGCUGCAACUGAAGAAACUGCUGUUCAUGACAAUGCAGUAAGUGAUGGAAAAGAAAACAAGAAAGCAAAGAGAAAGAUGUCAAACAGUAAAUUGCCCAAAGGGAAACCUAAGACCUCCACGAAAAAGGGUUCCCCACAUGUGAAUAAAGUCUCUAACAAUAAAUCAUCGAGCACGAAGAAGCAUAAACUGGAGAAUACCGCUCCUGUAAAUACCAAGGAUGAAGAUGGUGGAGAGAGUCCUGUACUUCCUAAUUUUUCUUUAAGAAUAAGAAUGAAGUCGAAAGAUCAAGAAGAAGACAAAGAUAACUUUAUUGACGAUCUCAGUUCACCUGACCACAUUGAAAGCAAAUGCAAGGAUUUAAAAAGUCCCAAGGGUUUGCUGAAAUAUUUAGUAUCCCCUAAAAAUUCACCAGCAGUUGGGAAGGAUGGCAGUUCUGCCACGCAAUCAAAAGCAAUAAGAGAUAUUACAGAUUACUUCAGCUCGCCAAAAGGAACCAGUUCCAAAACAAUUUCAGGAUCCCUUGCUGUGGAGGAGAGGAACAAAGUGGAUCAAAAAACAGCUGAUAAUACAAAAAAUUCUACUACUAACGCUCCUUUAGGGAAAAAGGCAAUUAAUGGUAAGGAAGAAACAGCAAAGUCAAGAUCCACUAAAAAGUCGAAGGGCAACGCUGUGUCUUGUUCAAAAAAGAAUGAAACCGAAGAUUCAAGUGACAAAAUGGAGGUUGUUAAACCUUCAAGUCUGACUGCCAAAAAUACUAGUAAGCCAAAGGCUAAGUCAGCCAAAAGAUCAUUAUCUCUAACCAAAAAAGAAACUGUUCAAAGAGCUGAAGAAUCUCCUGUCUGCCCUGAAGGAGCAAGUCUGCCAGAUUCCAAACCUCAAGAAUCAUCAGUGGCCAAAUCCAUGAACAGCGCCUUUCAAGCAAUUAUGUCCAAGUCUUCAUUAAACAGGACAGACUUGCCUCAAACAGUUCCUGACAUGUUUUCUAAAAAGCGUAAGAGAGAAAAUGAUGAUGACAUUAAUGCAGACAAACCUUGUAAAACUGUGAAGGAGGACUCCCCUGUUAGAGUUAAAAAAAGGUAUAGCAACUCAAAUCAAAUAGAAUCCGAUUCUGACAAUGAUGUUUCAAGCACUGCCAAUAUCAAAUCGGGUGAAGAACUGUCAAAUAUUCCUCAAAUUGAUAACCAUGUUGAAACUGAAGAUUGUCCUCUAAAAUCUGAGGACUCAAAAAGAAACAGUUUGAUGAGUUAUUUUUCUAAAGUCACCAAAGAAGAAGCUUUGGCUAAAGAAGAUAAAAUAGAAAUGAAAGUUCAAGCCAUGGUACACUCUCCUCCAACAACACCUUCCAAAAAAACUAAGCGGAGAAGUGUCAACAGUCUUCCUGGUGGUGCUCUUUCGUUCAGCAAGAAGAAGAUAAAUGUUAAGGCCAAGUUAAAAGAAAACAUCAAUGCGAUUGAUGUAAUGGAUGUAGAAGAACCUAAAAUGAUAGAUGUCAAAAAUAAAGACUCUUCACGUGUAACAAGUAAGAAGCAGACAAGCCCUAGUUCUAAAUCAAUAAAACAUUCUAUGAAAAGUCUAACAUCAUCCCUCAAAACUGAUGAGCCAUCAUCUUCGAAAGAAGAUACUUCUAAAUCUGUGAAGAAAUCUUUAUCAAGAGGAAAAGGGAAACAAGAAAUUAAAACCAAGCUGGAGUCGGAUAUAGACUCUGCAAAGCCAAUGGGAAAUACUGUCGUAGAUGAAGAAUGUCUUGCUGUGCCUUUACCAGCUGUAGAUGCAGCUACAAUUGAGAAUCCUCAAACUCCCUCUGAUUCUAAAACACUGUGGAAGAUGAGAGUAUGCCUUACACCAAUAUCAAUGCCAUCCAGUCAGGGGACUAUGCUGGAAGAGGAGAGUGACACUGAAGAGAUUUUCUUACAACGGAAAGAUAAAAAGCGGAAGCUCAGUAAACAAUCUGUAUCUGAGAAAACAGUGGGCAAAGACGAGGAGGUUUUUCUGGAAGAUAAGAGCCAAUCACCAGAUGUUGUAUUUGAGAAGGAAACAAAGCAAAGUCCCAAAAUCGCUCCAUUGUUCACUCGUAAGGCAGUUAGUCAAGCUCGACAACAAUUUUUACAAAGUGGAGUUCCGGAUCAAGUUAAACGCAAUCUUGAAACUCAGCGCAGUUGUGAAGAACAAGAAACUGAGUUAUUUCCAAGGGAAAGCCACAUUCAACAAAGAGAUAAUGAAGACUGGUCCUGGAAUCUUCCUGAUGUGGAACUUCCCAUUAAAGCUGAUUGCUUUGAGGAUAUACCACAGAUUUCAAGCAAAUUUUCAUUAAGUGACGUUACUGGGUGUUCUGAUAUAAUUGAAGAACUCAAACAUGUGGUAACAGCAAGCUGCAAAGGCCCUGUUAUGCGCCCUAUGUUUGGUUUUCCUUUGGACAUCAUGAAGCCAAUACUGAGACUUAUAAAACUAGGAUCCCCUGAACUUAAAGUUGUAAAUACCUUCAAAGUUUUGAGAUCCAAACUAAGAGAAGAAGAGUUUGCAAAAGCUGCAGCACUUUCAGAAAUGCCAGAAAUGGAGAAACCUAAAAGAAAAUCUUCUAACAGAAAAUCCAUUAGUUCUAAACAAGCCCAACCUAUGGCAACUUAUCGUGCUCGGUGUUGGACAGAAAAGUACAAGCCAUGUACUGCUAGUGAUAUUGUUGGCAAUGGUGCAAGUAUUCAGCAACUGAAGCGUUGGUUAGAAUCAUGGCGCAAGGCUAGUGAAGAUUCUAGUAAUAAGUCAUCAUUUUGCAAAGAAGAGGUGAAACGUAAAAAGAAGAGAAAAGAAGCAAUUGACGAUGAUGAUGAUUUUGUUGUUUCGGACAACAGUUCUGAUGCAACACAGAAUAAUUUUCCUGUUGGUGUAGCAGUCCUCUGUGGACCAAAUGGAAGUGGUAAAACCAGUUCUGUUUAUGCUCUUGCUAAAGACCUGGGAUACAAAGUGUUGGAAGUAAAUGCAUCUGAGAAACGAAAUGGCAAGCUUGUGCUUUCUAAAUUAUCUGAAGCAACCCAGUCUCAUCAAGUUCAACAAGGGCCCACUGCAGAGCAAGGAUUUGCAGCUCUAUUUGCAAAAAACUCUGGCAAGAAAAAAAUGCCUGUGAAAGUUCCUAAGUCUGGGAAUGAUGUGGAAGAUGACAAAACUAAAAAGAUGAGUCUCAUUCUCUUUGAAGAUGUUGAUAUUGUGUUUGAGGAAGAAGAUGAAGGAUUCUUGUCAGCAAUAUCCACCCUUGUUUCUACUUCCAAGCGUCCUGUCAUCCUCACCACUACAGAUCCAGAAAGCGCCAUGGUCCAGCGGUUUAUGAACAGCUCAAGUGUGAUUCUUCCAUUUUCAUGUCCUUCUAAUUUAAUAACUAUCUGGCUACAAAUUGUCUCGCUGCUAGAGGGAGUGUAUGUUGCCCCUGCCACUGUUAAGGAUCUUGUUUCCUUAUGCAAGGGAGAUUUCAGAAGAGCUAUUCUUCAAAUGCAGUUGUGGGUUACUUCUGGUGGUAAUAAUUUGCCUAUGCCCUCCAUAACAUAUGCUCAACCUGGACGUAAAUCAAAGAAGAGUUCUAAAAAAGAUGAAAAUGAUGACAUGAGUGACAUGGAAGGUGAUAGCAGUAAUCACGAUUCCGUUCCCUCUAUUCCUCCUAAUCCAGACUGCAUAUCUCCUAUGCUUGGGAAAAAUUAUAUCUCUGAAAAUACCAACAAAAGUGCACUGCAGGUGGAUGUGCCAUUUCCAUUGGACGCUGGCUUAUUUUGGUGGAAUAUUCCAUCUGUGCUUUCUUUGAAACAAUUAAAGCAUGCUGAGUUGCCAGUCAUCAAAGAAGACCCUUCUGCUCCACCUUUAGGUGCAGGUGUAAAACGAAUGUUGGACGAUUCCUUUAUUGCUAGUUUUUGUAGUGAUGAUGCCAGCACCACAGACAGUGGUUUGAAUGAUGAUUCUGAUGCACAGUGCAGUCAAGCAACAAGUGCAUCAAACAGUGAAGCAACAAGUGUUGGAGAUGUUGGAGACUGUCAGGACACUCAAAACUGUUGCCUUGAUCCAAGCCAGUCAAGUGUGGGUCCAGUUCCAAUUCCUUACACUAGUGCUUGCAGCCAAGAGGAAAUGGUAGCUUUGUACAAGCCUCUGAUGGCUUUAUCAUUUAUUGAUAUAAUUGGCCAUUCUUCUCAGCUUAACAUCUCAUCAAAUAUGGAACCAAUUACAAGAUUUUGCAAUCCAGUAAUGAAAGAUAGUCUUUCUUUGACUAAAUUGGAUGUGGACGGUCCUAACAGUGUACUCAAUUCUACUGCUCAAGAUAUAAGUCACUGGCUAGCAGAACAAAGUCUAAAUCAAGCUAAAUCCUGUUUCUGCCCUGAAAACAUCUGCCAAUACAGUUAUUGCCUUCCGGAUGAGGAUGAGUACAAGUGGAGAGCGGCUCAUGUAGAGACUGAACAGGUCGCCCUUCAAGCUGUGCCCUUAAGUGCAGCACUUGAGCGACGGGCUCUAUAUAUGGACUAUAUGCCCACUCUUAGAAUAUUCUGUCGACUAGAACGUAAUAGGAGUUCUAUUAAUACUAAAAGACGGAAUAGGUUUUUUCAUUAUCUUAAGACCCUAGGAGCUCAUCCUGAUGAAGCUCAGCUGGAGUUGCUUUGUCGUUCUAUGUAUGGCUGUUAAUCCUUUGAACACUCUCAGGAGCCUUAUUUUUGUGCAAUAGGGUAAUUGAUAAUGAGGGCAAAAGAACUUUAGGUUUGUAAUUAGUUCAAAUGAAGUUUGUAUUUUAAUUAAAAAUAGUGCACCAUGUGGGCUGGCACAAUUUUUGUGAACAUUGAAUGAUUUUGUUUGAAUGCCAUCUCAUUAUGUUAUAGCAAUCACCACUGGUCUGCUUAAGUGUUCUGCUUUGCCUUAAAUUCUAUUCAUAGUUACCAUGUUAUUUGAAAUUCCUGUUGGCUUGUGUGCUUAACAAUGUGAGAACAGAAGUUCUGUUAAGUUUUGUUCCAUGUUGUUUUAAUGUUUGACUGCAUUGGAUUAUAUGUUUGUCUUGUCUUCAAGAAAUUAAUUCUUUGUUAAUUUUAUGGGAACUUUCAGUAAAGAAUUUGAUUUUUAA